AUGGCGGCGGCGGCGGCGGCGGCGCCCCCCGCCCGCAGGCUCCGCGCGGCCCGCUCCGGCCCCGCCGAGCAUGCGCCGCCGCGGGCGCAGGCGCAUGACGUCACCCUCCCCACCCGUCCGUGGGUCGUGUCCUCCAACCUGUGCCCCACCACCUGGGUCCCCUGCCCGCAGACAUGUCCCCCAGCUCACGUCCCUCAACCGAAGCAGGAUGCUGAGGAUGACACCGAUGAGAUGGAAAUCGCCAUCGACAACACAGCCUUCAUGGACGAAUUCUUUGCUGAGAUUGAGGAGACGAGGCAGAACAUCGACAAAAUUUCAGAGAACGUGGAGGAGGCCAAGAAGCUCUACAGUGUCAUCCUCUCGGCCCCCAUCCCUGAGCAGAAGACCAAAGAUGAAUUGGAGCAGCUCACAGCUGACAUCAAGAAGACGGCCAACAGCGUGCGCAACAAGCUGAAGAGCAUGGAGAGGAACAUCGAGCAGGAUGAGGCCCGCUCCUCUGCUGACCUGCGCAUACGCAAGUCCCAGCACUCAGUCCUGUCCCGCAAGUUCGUUGAUGUGAUGACCAAGUACAACGAGGCGCAGGUUGACUUCCGGGAGCGCAGCAAAGGCCGGAUCCAGCGGCAGCUAGAGAUCACUGGCAAGAACACGACGGAUGAGGAGCUGGAGGAGAUGCUGGAGAGCGGGAACCCCGCCAUCUUCACCUCAGGGAUCGUGGACUCGCAGAUCUCAAAGCAGGCACUGAGUGAAAUCGAGGGGCGGCAUAAGGACAUCGUGCGGCUGGAGAGCAGCAUCAAGGAGCUGCACGACAUGUUUGUCGACAUCGCCAUGCUGGUGGAGAACCAGGGAGCCAUGAUCGACCGCAUAGAAAACAACAUGGACCAGUCUGUCGGCUUCGUGGAGCGAGCUGUGGCUGACACCAAAAAGGCCGUCAAGUACCAAAGCGAAGCCAGGAGGAAGAAGAUCAUGAUCAUGAUUUGCUGCAUUAUCCUUGUCAUCAUCCUGGCUGCCAGCAUCGGUAGCAUCUUCGCCUGACAUCCCAGCCACUCCCCACAGGUGGCCUUUCCCCAUCCUGUUCGGUGAUCCUACCCGUGGCCCUGGGACCCACCUGCCAAGCCUUGAGGACGUCACCCCGAGGUCCCCUCUCACCCGCUG